AUGUGCAAAGGAGUAGAGCAAGAAGAACCUCCCCAACUCGCCGUCGAGCAGCGGCGGAGAACCGACAAGAAGACGGCGGUGGGCGGGGGAGGCGAGCCAGUGGCGUGCGAGCUCUGCGGUUCGAGGGCGUCGAUGUACUGCCAAGCCGACGAAGCGUAUCUGUGCGGAAAGUGCGACAAGUCGGUUCAUGGCGCUAAUUUCUUAGCGCAGCGGCACGUGCGGUGCCUUCUGUGCAGCCCGUGCCAGAGCCAUUCGCAGAGAUAUCUGUUGGGAACUUCCAUGGAAAUGGAGAUCCUGCUUCCUAGUAUUGUGAGAAGCUUGGUGGAGAGGAAUUACCGAAAUUAUCCCUGUCAUCCACGUGAUUUUGAGGACAAUUUGCCGGUCUCGUCAUUCACUUCCCCCGUCCAAGGGAGUUUUCUUAGCUCCCGAUACGCCGAAUGCCGAAUCUCCACUAAAAGCUUUUCAGCUUCUUCUUCUUUUGGUAUUCUAGCCUUUUUGCCUUCUAGGAGAUGA